GCCCAUGGGAGGGAGGCAGCUGGCAGGCUUGGCCCAGAGAGCCCCCACCCAGGCCCAGAGACAACGGGGCAGGGGAGGGUCCCGCGUAGGCCCAGGCCUCCCCUCCUCCCUGCCCCCCUCCCCACCUCCCACCUGCAGUCUUUGCCUUCCUCAGCUCUUCUUCCCAGACAGGCUGGGCGGCUGCUGAACCCGCCAGCUCAGGCACCCUCUCCUCAGGGCGGCCGCUGCCUCCCCAGCUCCCACCGAGGGCCAUGGCCUGGGAGGCCACGCACCUGCUGCCCCUUGUCCUGCUGGUGCUCCUGGCCUCAGGCUCCUGGGAGCAGCAGCCACAGCCGCUGCGGAAACGGGAAGGGGAGGAAGUCUCCGUAAGGUGCGAGUAUCCUCCCCAGAGAGGCUCGAAGACGAAAACCUGGUGCAGAAUAACAACAGCAGAAACUUGUAACAUAUUAGUCACCAGUCCCAGGCUCCGGGGCCAGCCUGGAAACACGCGAUAUGUCAUCAGGGAUUACCCCCAAUGGGGGUACUUCACUGUCACCAUGACUGCGCUCAGAGAGGACUCGGGUUGGUAUUGGUGUGGAACCUUGGAAUCUUCCGGGAUCGCUCUUCUCAGAGCCAUCCGUCUGGUGGUAUCUCCGGGCGUGCCGCCUGCCCCUGCCCUUCCCGAGCUGCGGCUGCUGGCUAUUGUUCUGACCUGCGGAUUUGUCCUGAACAAGGGCCUGGUGUUCUCAGUCCUGUUUGUUCUUCUCCGGAAAGCCAGGGCCUCAGGCGAGCCAGACCCAGGGGAGCAGCAAAGUCACCCUUCCAGGAGCUGACGGGCAUGCCUUCCUCCCCUAGCAAACAUCACAUUCCACUCUCUGCUCACCAGAUGAACAAACAAAUAAACUUCUCUCUCAGGGAAGUGAAAGGCUCCCUAAACUUCUUGUGUGAGGUCUCUGCCCGGCCCCUUUCUUAUGUAGAGGAAGGUACUGAGUGGAAAGCAUGGGGAGCUGGGAGGAAGGAGACCCACUGAACUAAUCAGAGGCCAAGAAAAUGGCAAACUAUCUUUUUAUAAAAUUAAAUACAACAACUGGGACUCAAAGAAGCAUCCAAAUGAACCUGUGUGUGCUCCCUUGCUGCUGUUCAGACCCGCUCUGCUGGGGCGUCUCUGGCCCUCCGGUGAAACCUAUGGCAAGACCCAUCACAUUUCUGAAAAAUGUUUUUAUUUUGAAAUUAAAUUUAUUGGGGUGAUAUUGGUUAAUAAAAUUAUAUAGACUAUUUUUUAGAGCAGUUUUAGGUUGCCAGCAAAAUUAAGGAUACAGUACAGUCCCCACACAUGCACAGCCUCCCCACUAUCAGGAUCCCAGCCCACACACACAGUCAUCCAUGGACACACUUCACCAUUCAUCUGGUUUUAUGGAUUUUAUUUUUAUUUUUUCCACCUCCAUCCCCUAGCUGCACUUCCUACCCGUUGCCCCAUAGGUAUCCUCUUAAUAUAUUUAAUGCAUAUGUCCUCUCAAUCUACUUUCCAUAAUGUAUUUACAUUUGUGUAGGUCAUUGAAAACACAUAGAAGUGAUUCAUGUGCUUUGUUUUAUACGCAUUUCCCUCUCUGCUUCUGGGAAUGACUCUCAAAGCCACACUUUUCCAUAAAAUAUGUGC